AUGAACUUCUCGCCGGCACUUUUCGCCUUUUACAUUUCCAUUUCCUUCGCACUUUUCUGCGCGGCUUUUCCCGCAGCUUCCGCAGCCCCGGAAGCUGGCCCUCAAGAAACUUUUCUUUCCCCAUCUCGAGGCCAAAGCACUUCGCGAAAUGCAGUCUCUCAGAAUGUUCCACAGGCCCCUUCUUCUCCCGCGGGAGAAUCUGACGAAGACGAAGAGGACUCCGCGGAGUCCGCGCCGCCCAAAGACCUGCUGCACUUCGUCUCCUUCGACUUGUCCUUUUUGCUGAACACAGUUUCCCCCGCAGUGCAGAAGGCGGUGGAGGCGGCGGUGUCGGAACUGGCCUCGUCUUCCGCUGCAGCAGCAGCAGCAGCAGCAGCAGCAGCAGCAGCAGCAGCAGCAGACGUGCUGCAGGCAGCAGCCCGCAGCCCCCCCCCCCGCGACAACCCCCAGGCCCUCGCCUUCCUCUCCGACGCAGCCACUUCGCUGGCCAAGACUGUCCUGCAGCCUCCAGCUGGGGGCUUUCGAGCAGCAAUUGAAGGAGUUGAACUGCAGCAAACUGUCGGCAGCCUCGUGGACUUCUUGGCUGGCGAGAGGGCCGCGCGGCAGCAGCAAAGGGCCCCCCCCAGGCCCCCGCAGAGCCGCGCAGAGCCCGCAGCAGCAGCAGCAGCAGCAGCAGCUGCAGCAGCUGCAGCAAGUGCGCCCGCAGCAGCAGCCAAGACUCCGGCGGAGAAGCAAGCGGCUCCUGCAGCAGCGCCGAGGGCAGAAGCCAGCAACGCUGCAGCAGCAGCAGCAGCAGCAGCAGCAGCUAACAGGCCCGCAGCAGCUGCUGCAGCAGCUGGCGAAAAAGCAGCGCCAACAGCAGAUGUCCCUCGCAGAGAAGCAGGAGGUGCAACACGAACUGCUGCUUUGAAGAGAGCCAGGGGCAGAGAAGAAGCAGCAGCAGAAGAAAUGAGAAAUGAAGCGGAGAGAAAGAUCCUCGGGAAGCCAAAACCCGCAGCUGCUGCUGCUGCCCCCGCUGCAGCUCGUUCAGCUGCGGCGGCUGCAGCAGCACCAGCAGCUGCUGCUGCUCAAGCUGCCACGGCCAAAUCGGCUGCUGAGGCUGCUGCAGUUGCUGCUGCAGUUGCUGCUGCAGAAGAAAAGGCGGAGUUGGUGGCUUUAGCUGCUCAAGACAAGACUGCAGCAACAGGAGUUGCUGCAGCGAGGGACGCAGCAGCAGCUUCUGCGAAGGAAGCAGCAGCAGCAGCAGCUGCUGCUGCUGCGGCGAAGGCAGCCACUGCAGCAGGAAACGAGGAAUCUGCUGCAAAGAAAGAAAAAGAAGUUGAGACAAAAGCUGAAGCUUCAGCAACAAAGAAAAGCGGGGAAGAUGCAGCCCCAGCAGUGCCAGAAGCCACAGAUAAAGAUGCAGCAACGGCAGCAGCAGCAGCAGCAGCAGCAGCAGCAGCAGCAGCAGCAAAGGAGGCAGCUGGCGAGCAAAAAAUAGAAGCUCGAGAGCCCAAACCGGCAGCAGCAGCAGCAGCAGCAGCCGCAGCUGAAGAGCCCGCAGAAGCAGCGCCACCUUCGCCGGCAGAAACCAAGGAAAGUGCAGCAGCAGCAGCAACAGCGGCAGCAGCAGCAGCAGCAGCAGAAGCACCGGAAGAAGCAGCAAGUGAGAAACUCAAAGUGGCAAAGCCUGACGAAGCAGCUGCUGCGCUGGAAACUGCAGCAGCAAAAGCCACACAGGAAACAGCAGCAGCAAAAGCCACAAAGGAAACUGCAGCAGCAAAAACUACAAAGGAAACUGCAGCAGCAAAAGCUACACAGGAAACAGCAGCAGCAAAAGCCACACAGGAAACAGCAGCAGCAAAAGCCACAAAGGAAACUGCAGCAGCAAAGGACGGCAAGCAAGCUGAGGCGCCGAAGGAGAACGAGGAAGCAGCAGCGGCAGAAGCUGCCCAGGAAGCAGCAGCAGCAGCAGCAGCAGCCAGCGAAGCAGCUGCAGCACGAGAUGCUGCAGCAGCGGAAGUCCAGGAGGCUGCUGCAGCAGCAAAAGCCGGAGAAGAAGCUGCAGCGGCGGAAGGCAAAGAAGCAGCUGCAGCAGCAAAAGCCGACGAGGAAGCUGCAGCGGCAGAGUUCGAAAAGGAAGCAGCAGCAGCAGCAGCAGCAGCAGCAGCAGCAGCAGCAAACAAGCCAGCUCCAGCAGCUACUCCGGCAGCUGCAGCAAGCCUGGAAGCUUCGCCAAGCGCGGCGGCGGGCGACCCAGCAGCAGCAGCAGCAAGCGCAACAGCAGCACCCGCAACAGCAGCAGCAACAGCAGCAGCAGCAGCAGCAGCAGCAGCAGCAGCAGCGCGUCAGCUGCAGCAGCGGGGCGAGUACUCGGAAGCGGGGCUGCCGCUGCUGCCGCGCGUGGACAUGGCUGUGGCGCGGGUGCCGCAAAUCUUUCCCGUUGCUGCUGCAGCAGCAACGCAUGCAGUGGGAGCUGUUGUGGGGACUUCGAAGGUGCUGGCAGCAGCAGCAGCAGCAACAGUGCAGGAGGCCAGGGCCCGCAGAGAAAGAAGCAGACUGCUGCUUCCCUAA